UGUGCUUCCACCAUGCGUCGGAGUGACAACAAGCUAUCAGCUGUAAGCCUGUUAGCCUGUAAACCACGAGACACAACGAAUGCAUGGAGACUGGACUUUGGAGAAAUAAAGAAUAAAUCUGAGUGUUCUCGCCGCAGCGACAUCAUUGGCAUUUGGCAGUCCCAUUUCAUAUUUCGCAUCGCUAACAAUGUUAUGCCUUUGUCGUAUCACUGCCAGACGAUAAGGAAUUAUGUAUGAGCAAGCCGCGAAUAGCUGGGCCAUCGGCCUGUACUCCCUGCUCGACCCAACGAAAUUUCUGCCGUUCCUACCGAAUUUAUGGAAUAAGCAAGCCAUCGGCUCGCGUUAUCCGAGCGACACGAAGGUACGGGACACCGACGUGCUCGUGGGAUACCUCAUCCUGUUCUGGGUGAUUUUAUACUUGGUGUACGAGAAGUCUCUCAACUCGUUGUUCAGGCGUAUGCACUUCCCGUUGGUACAACGAAUCAGGAUAAUCGAGGCUGCGUGGAACUGCGGAUUCUGUUUUGGUAGUAUAUGUUACAUGCAAUCAUCGACCAUGCAGAGCUUGAGCUUUGCGUCCCACGAGCAGGGAAUGACAUACCGGGAAUUGGGGAUCGCGCUGCAUCAGAGCUUUUACUUUCAUCAAGCUGGGAUCGACAUACUGUGCUAUGGUGCUUGGAUAAAGGGCUGCGCGAACUUGCUCUUUGCGUCUUUCAUCUUGAAUCCGUAUCAGCAAAAUUACAGGUGGUGUACAGUUAUAGGUACCUUUCUAAUGUAUAAAACCAUUGACAUUGUGAUAGUUAAUGUCUGUCGGAUCCUGUUGUGCAUUUUACAAACUGUUGGGAGACCAGUCUCCAAGGUGUUAUUCCUGUUACACUGUCUGACUUGGAUAUAUUUGUACUUACAUUAUGUGCCUACAUCUAUGCUUUGGUCAGAAGAUGUUAAAUAUGCAAGGACGGAACCUGGCUUGUGGCUUUGGUUUGCAGCAGAAUGCUUAGAUUCGGUGUGGCUGAGACUCAUUGGACAUGCAAAAGCCACACAUUGGCUCGAAAUUUGUCUGUUUCCACCACCGACGCAAGAGGCCAUUGAAUUAGCUGGUAUUCAUAAGAGGCAUAGAGAAUCUUUGAGGAAAUGUGAUAACAGAGCGGCAAAGAAAGUCGAAUUGUGGCAAACGCUAGUUUGCGCAAUGGCGAUUAAGAAGAAAAUUAGGAGGAUUCGUGAAGCUAAAAGCGGUACAGAUCAAUCGGUGAAAGAGCCUGAAGAAACGAAACCGUUUGAAACGCAAACAGAUGGCGAGUUAGAGGAGAAUUAGUAAAGUCAUACGGAAUAUUUCUGAAAAAUAACAUUUUUGUGGAAUUUACACUAACGACGAGAAAUACGAGCUUUUUUAAAGAAUUUACUUGUACAAUGAAAAAAUAGAUGUCAUGAUGUUCAAAACAUUGAAUACACGUACGAAUUGUUUUUUUUUUUUUUUUAAUGAUUGUUCAACGAGUACUGCUCUCUAUUGAGAUUCAUAUGUAACUAUAUUUGUAAAUAAUUGUAAAUUAGCGACAGAAUGAAUUGAGCAAUUGAAGUACGUGUACUGCGCAAUGAAACGCAAUGAAAAAAAAAAUCAGAAGCAGUGCGAAAAGACUACUGCAACUUUUAUACAAAAAUUAAGUUUAUUAUUUCAUAAUUUCGUAGAUGUACACCCGCUUACGUAGAAAAUUCAUCGUUUACGCGUUUAGUUUAUAAUUUAGUAGGAUCUCUCGAACAACAGUUAGCUGGAUGUUCCAGUAACGUUACAAUCGAGUCGGAGGCGCGUUUUCUCGGGGCAAAUGUUCAAAGAGUAUUGUUUUCAAACGCUCGGUUGACCAUCUAUAUAUAACUCAAAAGAACAAAAAUAUUACGCUGGUCAUUGAAUUCAUGUUGUAGAUGUAAUUAUAAAUUACGAUAUCGGUUCAUUGAACAUGUGGCACUUUUAUCCAAAUUGAAUAUAUACGUUUCCUCGUGCGAUACAAUUUGCACUUAAAUCGAAAUAGUAAAUUUUUGCGUCUGCGAAGCUGUACAUGUACGAUAUGUGACGUUAUUAUUGUUAAUACGAAAUUACGUUAUUGUGCAGUUUGCAUUUGCGUCGACGGACGAUGUAGACGUCGUCACUAAUUCGCAGUAACAAGUCGAUUUUCGGUCACAUCAUAAAUUCGAUUACGCUGGUUGGCUUUGACACGGAUACCAUCCUUGUUUAUUAUGGCAGUAAAUAGGUAAUGUGUAAUACGAGUAGAUUGCGUUAUACUGUGCAUUUUUGAGCAACGAAAUUGUUAGCGCAAUAAUUUUCAUAGGUAACGUAUAGAGAGUGUAUUUAACAUACAGUCUCGCUCUUAAAAUCGUCAAACGAAACUCGGAUUUUUUUUAUUGGCCCAAAAUUUCUUACAAUACGGUUCAGAUUUUUUUUCUUGCAAGUGGAACAUUGGUACUACUUUUUUUUUUAUACCCUAGGAAGAUAGUCUGUAUAUCUUUUAAAUUAUACAGCGUACUUUCUAAUUACACGUAUGCAGUGUCUUUCAAUUCUGGACGAUGCAGAAAUAUCGUUUUGUCGUAUUGAAAUUGUUGAUAAAUGUAUUAUAUAAAUAAAGACAACGACAAUUUAUUAGAUAAUUUUAAUCUUAUAGACACACUUACAAAAUAUCUUGUUAUAUUGUUUUAUAUCGUGUGUAACGAUUAUUUAUACGUUUACGGAUGUAUAUCGCCAAAGAGAGAGAGAGAGAGAGAGAGAGAGAGAGAGAGAGAGAGAGAGAGAUGAAACUUUAACUAUCACUGUGCUUAUCUCGAUAAAGUGUAAAUCGUCAUCCUUAUUAUAUUCACGCAUGUUUAAGCACUGUCCAUUGAACAAAAAAGAAAAUAAAUUCUAAAAUAAUUGUAAAAUUUA